AUGGCCAAGAUGCUUGAGCCUACCACCCACCCAUCACCGAGCUACCCCCCACCCAUCACCGAGCCUACCACCCACCCAUCACCGAGCCUACCACCCACCCAUCACCGAGCCUACCACCCACCCAUCACCGAGCCUACCACCACCCCAUCACCGAGCUACCACCCACCCAUCACCGAGCCUACCACCCACCCAUCACCGGCCUACCACCCACCCAUCACCGCGCCUACCACCCACCCAUCACAGAGCCUACCACCCACCCAUCACCGAGCCUCCACCCCACCCAUCACCGGCCUACCCCACCACCCAUCACCGAGCCUACCACCCACCCAUCACCGAGCCUACCACCCACCCAUCACCGAGCCUACCACCCACCCAUCACCGAGCCUACCACCCACCCAUCACCGAGCCUACCACCCACCCAUCACCGAGCCUACCACCCACCCAUCACCGAGCCUACCACCCACCCAUCACCGAGCCUACCACCCACCCAUCACCGAGCCUACCACCCACCACCCAUCACCGAGCCUACCACCCACCACCCAUCACCGAGCCUACCACCCACCCAUCACCGAGCCUACCACCCACCCAUCACCGAGCCUACCACCCACCCAUCACCGAGCCUACCACCCACCCAUCACCGAGCCUACCACCCACCCAUCACCGAGCCUACCACCCACCCAUCACCGAGCCUACCACCCACCACCAUCACCGAGCCUACCACCCACCCAUCACCGAGCCUACCACCCACCCAUCACCGAGCCUACCACCCACCCAUCACCGAGCCUACCACCCACCCAUCACCGAGCCUACCACCCACCCAUCACCGAGCCUACCACCCACCCAUCACCGAGCCUACCACCCACCCAUCACCGAGCCUACCACCCACCCAUCACCGAGCCUACCACCCACCCAUCACCGAGCCUACCACCCACCCAUCACCGAGCCUACCACCCACCCAUCACCGAGCCUACCACCCACCACCCAUCACCGAGCCUACCACCCACCACCCAUCACCGAGCCUACCACCCACCCAUCACCGAGCCUACCACCCACCCAUCACCGAGCCUACCACCCACCCAUCACCGAGCCUACCACCCACCCAUCACCGAGCCUACCACCCACCCAUCACCGAGCCUACCACCCACCCAUCACCGAGCCUACCACCCACCCAUCACCGAGCCUACCACCCACCCAUCACCGAGCCUACCACCCACCCAUCACCGAGCCUACCACCCACCCAUCACCGAGCCUACCACCCACCCAUCACCGAGCCUACCACCCACCCAUCACCGAGCCUACCACCCACCCAUCACCGAGCCAACCACCCACCCAUCACCGAGCCUACCACCCACCCAUCACCGAGCCUACCACCCACCCAUCACCGAGCCUACCACCCACCCAUCACCGAGCCUACCACCCACCCAUCACCGAGCCUACCACCCACCCAUCACCGAGCCUACCACCCACCCAUCACCGAGCCUACCACCCACCCAUCACCGAGCCUACCACCCACCCAUCACCGAGCCUACCACCCACCCAUCACCGAGCCUACCACCCACCCAUCACCGAGCCUACCACCCACCACCAUCACCGAGCCUACCACCCACCCAUCACCGAGCCUACCACCCACCCAUCACCGAGCCUACCACCCACCCAUCACCGAGCCUACCACCCACCCAUCACCGAGCCUACCACCCACCCAUCACCGAGCCUACCACCCACCCAUCACCGAGCCUACCACCCACCCAUCACCGAGCCUACCACCCACCCAUCACCGAGCCUACCACCCACCACCCAUCACCGAGCCUACCACCCACCCAUCACCGAGCCUACCACCCACCCAUCACCGAGCCUACCACCCACCCAUCACCGAGCCUACCACCCACCCAUCACCGAGCCUACCACCCACCCAUCACCGAGCCUACCACCCACCCAUCACCGAGCCUACCACCCACCCAUCACCGAGCCUACCACCCACCCAUCACCGAGCCUACCACCCACCCAUCACCGAGCCUACCACCCACCCAUCACCGAGCCUACCACCCACCCAUCACCGAGCCUACCACCCACCCAUCACCGAGCCUACCACCCACCCAUCACCGAGCCUACCACCCACCCAUCACCGAGCCUACCACCCACCCAUCACCGAGCCUACCACCCACCCAUCACCGAGCCUACCACCCACCCAUCACCGAGCCUACCACCCACCCAUCACCGAGCCUACCACCCACCCAUCACCGAGCCUACCACCCACCCAUCACCGAGCCUACCACCCACCCAUCACCGAGCCUACCACCCACCCAUCACCGAGCCUACCACCCACCCAUCACCGAGCCUACCACCCACCCAUCACCGAGCCUACCACCCACCCAUCACCGAGCCUACCACCCACCCAUCACCGAGCCUACCACCCACCCAUCACCGAGCCUACCACCCACCCAUCACCGAGCCUACCACCCACCCAUCACCGAGCCUACCACCCACCCAUCACCGAGCCUACCACCCACCCAUCACCGAGCCUACCACCCACCCAUCACCGAGCCUACCACCCACCCAUCACCGAGCCUACCACCCACCCAUCACCGAGCCUACCACCCACCCAUCACCGAGCCUACCACCCACCCAUCACCGAGCCUACCACCCACCCAUCACCGAGCCUACCACCCACCCAUCACCGAGCCUACCACCCACCCAUCACCGAGCCUACCACCCACCCAUCACCGAGCCUACCACCCACCCAUCACCGAGCCUACCACCCACCCAUCACCGAGCCUACCACCCACCCAUCACCGAGCCUACCACCCACCCAUCACCGAGCCUACCACCCACCCAUCACCGAGCCUACCACCCACCCAUCACCGAGCCUACCACCCACCCAUCACCGAGCCUACCACCCACCCAUCACCGAGCCUACCACCCACCCAUCACCGAGCCUACCACCCACCACCCAUCACCGAGCCUACCACCCACCCAUCACCGAGCCUACCACCCACCCAUCACCGAGCCUACCACCCACCCAUCACCGAGCCUACCACCCACCCAUCACCGAGCCUACCACCCACCCAUCACCGAGCCUACCACCCACCCAUCACCGAGCCUACCACCCACCCAUCACCGAGCCUACCACCCACCCAUCACCGAGCCUACCACCCACCCAUCACCGAGCCUACCACCCACCCAUCACCGAGCCUACCACCCACCCAUCACCGAGCCUACCACCCACCCAUCACCGAGCCUACCACCCACCCAUCACCGAGCCUACCACCCACCCAUCACCGAGCCUACCACCCACCCCAUCACCGAGCCUACCACCCACCCAUCACCGAGCCUACCACCCACCCAUCACCGAGCCUACCACCCACCCAUCACCGAGCCUACCACCCACCCAUCACCGAGCCUACCACCCACCCAUCACCGAGCCUACCACCCACCCACCCAUCACCGAGCCUACCACCCACCCAUCACCGAGCCUACCACCCACCCAUCACCGAGCCUACCACCCACCCAUCACCGAGCCUACCACCCACCCAUCACCGAGCCUACCACCCACCCAUCACCGAGCCUACCACCCACCCAUCACCGAGCCUACCACCCACCCAUCACCGAGCCUACCACCCACCCAUCACCGAGCCUACCACCCACCCAUCACCGAGCCUACCACCCACCCAUCACCGAGCCUACCACCCACCCAUCACCGAGCCUACCACCCACCCAUCACCGAGCCUACCACCCACCCAUCACCGAGCCUACCACCCACCCAUCACCGAGCCUACCACCCACCCAUCACCGAGCCUACCACCCACCCAUCACCGAGCCUACCACCCACCCAUCACCGAGCCUACCACCCACCCAUCACCGAGCCUACCACCCACCCAUCACCGAGCCUACCACCCACCCAUCACCGAGCCUACCACCCACCACCCAUCACCGAGCCUACCACCCAUCACGCCUACACCCACAUCACCGAGCCUACCACCCACCCAUCACCGAGCCUACCACCCACCCAUCACCGAGCCUACCACCCACCCAUCACCGAGCCUACCACCCACCCAUCACCGAGCCUACCACCACCCACCCAUCACCGAGCCUACCACCCACCCAUCACCAAGCCUACCACCCACCCAUCACCGAGCCUACCACCCACCCAUCACCGAGCCUACCACCCACCCAUCACCGAGCCUACCACCCACCACCCAUCACCGAGCCUACCACCCACCCAUCACCGAGCCUACCACCCACCCAUCACCGAGCCUACCACCCACCCAUCACCGAGCCUACCACCCACCCAUCACCGAGCCUACCACCCACCCAUCACCGAGCCUACCACCCACCCAUCACCGAGCCUACCACCCACCCAUCACCGAGCCUACCACCCACCCAUCACCGAGCCUACCACCCACCCAUCACCGAGCCUACCACCACCCACCCAUCACCGAGCCUACCACCCACCCAUCACCAAGCCUACCACCCACCCAUCACCGAGCCUACCACCCACCCAUCACCGAGCCUACCACCCACCCAUCACCGAGCCUACCACCCACCCAUCACCGAGCCUACCACCCACCCAUCACCGAGCCUACCACCCACCCAUCACCGAGCCUACCACCCACCCAUCACCGAGCCUACCACCCACCCAUCACCGAGCCUACCACCCACCCAUCACCGAGCCUACCACCCACCCAUCACCGAGCCUACCACCCACCCAUCACCGAGCCUACCACCCACCCAUCACCGAGCCUACCACCCACCCAUCACCGAGCCUACCACCCACCCAUCACCGAGCCUACCACCCAUCCAUCACCGAGCCUACCACCCACCAUCACCGAGCUACCCCCACCAUCACCGAGCCUACCACCCACCCAUCACCGAGCCUACCACCCACCCAUCACCGAGCCUACCACCCACCCAUCACCGAGCCUACCACCCACCCAUCACCGAGCCUACCACCCACCCAUCACCGAGCCUACCACCCACCCAUCACCGAGCCUACCACCCACCCAUCACCGAGCCUACCACCCACCACCCAUCACCGAGCCUACCACCCACCCAUCACCGAGCCUACCACCCACCCAUCACCGAGCCUACCACCCACCCAUCACCGAGCCUACCACCCACCCAUCACCGAGCCUACCACCCACCCAUCACCGAGCCUACCACCCACCCAUCACCGAGCCUACCACCCACCCAUCACCGAGCCUACCACCCACCCAUCACCGAGCCUACCACCCACCCAUCACCGAGCCUACCACCCACCCAUCACCGAGCCUACCACCCACCCAUCACCGAGCCUACCACCCACCCAUCACCGAGCCUUACCACCCACCCAUCACCGAGCCUACCACCCACCCACCACCGAGCCUACCACCCACCCAUCACCGAGCCUACCACCCACCCAUCACCGAGCCUACCACCCACCCAUCACCGAGCCUACCACCCACCCAUCACCGAGCCUACCACCCACCCAUCACCGAGCCUACCACCCACCCAUCACCGAGCCUACCACCCACCCAUCACCGAGCCUACCACCCACCCAUCACCGAGCCUACCACCCACCCAUCACCGAGCCUACCACCCACCCAUCACCGAGCCUACCACCCACCCAUCACCGAACCUACCACCCACACCCACCCAUCCACCACCGAGCCUACCACUCACCAAGCACUUGCAGUGCGGAAAUCCUCUCGUUGGGGUCCCUCGUGA